GUAUCUCCUUUCUCGAAUGUAAUCGACUUUCCACAGCGGUCGGAGAAAUCGACAUGCCACUACUUCUGGAUCCAGAAGAGAAGAUAUGAUGCCGGUGGUUUAGCAACGGAAAGGAACCGACAUAUGUUCGAAUUCUUAUUUCCGCAAAGAUAGAGUUGGGAGAGAAUGGAUUCCAGGCAUGGUAAAGUUAGAUUGAAAGUAGAAGUUGAUAGACUAAGCAACUUGCCAAAUGAUCUUAUCCAUAAAAUCCUCUCUUUUAUUGACGUUAAAUAUGCGAUCCGAACAAGUGCUUUGUCAUCCAGAUGGAGGUAUAUCUGGACUUCAAUGCCCUGUCUUAAUUUCUCAAGUGAGGGUUUCCAUUCGUUGCCCGAGUUCUCCAAAUUUGUUACACGUGUUCUGUCUACCCGAAACAAUAAAACAGAAGUGCGUUAUGUCAAGCUGGCUUUUUGUGGAAAGGAUAGCGAGGCAUUUGUCAAAAGAAUUUUGAAAUAUUCAUUUUCCCACAAUGUCCAACAGCUGGACGUUACUUGCUUGCCUGGAAAGAAGGGGUAUCAUGAGGAUUUAUGCGAAUCUCCUCUUUCUGUCUUUAGUUCUCAGUCUCUCAAAAAUCUCACGAUGUCUGGGUAUGGUUACAGACAUUUCAUUAUGAUCCCACCUACUUGGUACUUACCUGCUUUAACAACAUUGAAUCUCCUUUGUGUCGCAAUGAAUUAUGAUGAUAUUACUGACAAGAGUGCUGGUCUUUUAUCCAAUUGCGCGAACUUGAAGAAUCUCACCUUAAACAAUUGCAGAAUUCCGGGGGGUCGAUCGAAGGAUCUCCAUCUAUGCCAUCUUGGACUAUCUAAUCUAACACUUGAAAAUGGUGGUUAUAAUGCUGUCUAUGUGGAUACACCUCAACUUAAGAAAUUCACUAUAAUAAAUUGGCCAGGGAUAAGUUUGGUUUCCGCACCCAACCUUGCCUCUUUGCGUUAUAAAGAUGAUACAAAUAAUUAUUUUGGUAAUCCUUUGAAGGUUUCUUCCGACCUUCUUCAUUUGGAAAAGGUGGAUAUAUGUAUUCAAUGUUCCCAUGAAUGUAAGUAUUAUGCUCAAUUCGUCUGCUUCAACAACUCCGUAGUGUCAAAUUUCUUACACUUAACUUGGAACUUCUCAAGGUAUGCUGGUAUUGGUCCUUGGUGUUUAUCAUAUGGGUCUAACAAAUAUUUUCAAUCUUCUAUCUUCAUCAGUGGAACUAAUCUCAGAUCAACCAUCUCCAUUUACCGACUUAAAGAGUUUAAAGAUUUAUCCAGCUGA